GGUCACCUUGUAAACAUCAGGCCGCCGUUGCCAUUAAAUAUCAUGAACGAUCAUUUAAUUUUAUUCCAGCUUUAUCGAUUAAUGACUGUAUGGACUAUCAUUAUAUCGCAUGUGGUACGGUUGCACAAGAUUUCUCAUUCUAUGCAUCUUUACGAGCACCUGCCAUAUUCGAAAAUAAUAAAAUGAAUAUGCAUAAUGAAAACACUAAUGCUGGUGCAGAUAUAAAUCAUCAAGAUUCAAAUAUCGAUAUAUCUACUGUGAAUGAUAUUACUUGCGAUUCUAAUAACAGUGAGGAUAAGAGUACUC